AUGGAACCGACAACCCCACCGGCCACCGUUGACCAACUUCCGCCACCCACAUCCUACGAUGAAGGCGACACGUUGCCACUGGAGGAGCUCCCGUAUGCUCGACACGGACAGUCGACGGAAUUCGGAAAUAUAAAUCAGGUAGCCCAAGGCUCCUUUGAAAACUUCGAACAGGAUGUCCUUCAGAGUCUUGCCUACAGCGCUGGAGAAUUCCAGCAUCAGAAUAUAACACCCUGGCAGCCACAGGUCUUCACCGACCUGACAACAGAUGCUAGUUUGUCCUUGGUGGGAAAUCCGGCUCAAGCUGUUGAGCAGUCCUGGCAAGAACCGCUGUCGUCCUGGACAUUGCAAGGCCAGGCCCAAAACGUCUGGCAGCAUCACCAUGGAGUUGGUCCAAACGAGGGUCUACCUGCGACCACAUGGGAAUUGGAUCAGGGCACUGCCAAGGCAUUUCAGUACCCUCCCAAUAUCCAGGUUCAAUCCCAAGGUCUUCCCCGACGAAGAAGCCGAUAUCUCCGCAGUCCAGCUGUGCCAAUAAUUUCAAGAAUAAGUCCAAUACAAACAUCAGCUACCGGAACACUGAUUGAUAAUUCAAUGGAUCCGAUUCAGCGAUGGCGGAACUCGCCUCCAGAGACUGAGGCAGCAUCGUUGUCUGCCAUCGCCGACGCAUUAAGGAACAACCCACUUCGGAGCCAAGCAUCCACCAGUACCCUCAAUAGUGACCAUGCAGGCUUCCGACCUAGGUCAACGGUUAGCCUUGCCAGUGGCUCAAGUUUGUCUUCAGGUUCUGCCGCUUCUGCCAGCUCCGUGUCUCGCCGUGGCCGCGUGGUAAAACGGACCCGACCAGCAAAGGGUAAAACAGCAGACAAGAGGAGAUUUCCUUGCACAUUCUGCUGUGACUCGUUCAAAAGCAAGUUUGAUUGGGCACGUCACGAGCAGUCGUUGCAUCUCGGCUUUCAAGGGUGGUUAUGCGCACCAUUUGGCAGUGUUGUGGUAUCAGCUGUUGCCGGGUGUAGUAAUUGUGCCUACUGCGGUCUUAUAAAUCCAACAACAACUCAUCUCGAAGAUCACAACAGUAAUUCAUGCGAGAAUAGUCAGAUUUAUACUCGGAAGGACCACCUGGUUCAGCACCUAAGGUGUAUCCAUAACGUGCAGGACCCUCCGCUAAUAGACUCGUGGAAGGUCGAGGGACCCCCUAUAGCAUCGAGGUGUGGCUUCUGCGACUUACGUAUAGAGACAUGGCAGGAGCGUGUAGAGCAUCUAGCAUCACAUUUUCGUAAAGGCAAAACGAUGGAUGAUUGGAAGGGAGACCACGGCUUCGAUUCAGGGAUCGCGGCUCAAGUUACCAAUGCGAUUCCCCCGUAUUUGAUUGCAUCUGAGUCAAAGACCUACGCCCCGUUCUCGGCUGCCGCUCCAAAUCCAAUUCAAGCAGAUCAUAUUCAACAAAUAACGAGGUCUGCUGAGGCGUGGACUGGCUCAGAACUGGUGACCGAGUCGAGAGAACCGACAAUAUCUCUCGAGGUCAAGUCGUUCCCUGAAUUGCUAGCCUUCCACUUAGGUCGCUUUGCACAGCAUCAGAUGAGGCUGGGCGUCACCCUUACGGAUGAGAUGUUCCAGGAUGAAGCCAGAAGGGUGCAAUUUGGAACGGUAGACCCACUUGAUGACACAGUUGCUGACAACCCAGAGUGGCUGUCUCUUUUCCGUAGUCAACAUGUGGAUGAUCUGGCACAGAGUCAAGACCGACUAGCUUGA